UCGCCGGAAAAAGGGAGAGUCGGUAGCGUGUGACGUCGCGCCGUCAAGCGAGAAGCUGCCUCGGUGGUUGUUUUCCCCCUCCGCCGUAGCCGCGCAACGGUUCCCGGGCCUGGCCGAGAUGGAGAGCGCCAGCCAGGAUAUCAACCUUAACUCUCCCAACAAAGGUCUCCUGUCCGAUUCCAUGACCGAUGUGCCCGUGGACAACCCCAGCGCCUCUGCCAUGGCUGCUCCGUCGAGGACCUUGCCCUACAAUGGUCUCACCGAAGCCGAGGAAGAAGAGCUCAGGGCUGAGCUGGCCAAGGUGGAAGAGGAGAUUGGGACGUUGCGCCAGGUGUUGGCGGCCAAGGAGAGACACUGUGGAGAGCUGAAAAGAAAGCUGGGCUUGACUCCCUUGGAUGACCUGAAGCAAAACCUAUCCAAGAGCUGGCAUGACGUCCAGGUUUCAAACGCCUAUGUGAAAACCUCUGAGAAACUCGGCGAGUGGAAUGAGAAAGUCACCCAGUCGGAUUUAUAUGUUUCGGCCAGCAAUACUCUGGAGGACUGGAAUGACAAAUUAACCCAAUCGGAAGCCUAUAAGAAGACCCAGGAAACGCUGUAUCAGGCCGGCCAGAAGACCUCGGCUGCUCUGUCCAACGUGGGUUCUGCAAUCAGCCGGAAGUUUGGAGAUAUGAGAAAUUCUGCAACUUUCAAGUCUUUCGAAGACAGAGUUGGAACCAUAAAGUCCAAAGUUGUGGGUGGCAAAGAUAACGAUGGCGCCAACCAGCUCCAUUCGCCGACGGCCGCUGGCGACAAGCCGCCCCAGGACAACGCGCCUUUCUAAGCCCUACUACAGCGUGGCGGUGCAUGGCUGCCGGAGCCCUACCCUUUGCUCUUCCCAACACGCAAGACGAAAAAAAGGAAACAAAAAAAAAGGAAACAAAAAAAAAAAAGAGAGAAUUGCGGUCCCACUUGGAAGAGAGCGAUCCAUACAUCCCCUCUUCACUGCUGGAAUCUUCAGGUCCAAUAAAGUGAACAGACGGCUUUUUGUACACUUAUACCUAUUUUACACUAAAGGUUUCUCGAGGGAGCCCCGUGCUGCGCUUCCUUUCGGAAGGGGUAUCGGCGGGGGAGGAUUUUGCCAUUUGAGCCCCAAAAAGACCCUCCCCUUUGAGGCUUCAGAGGCUUGUAGACACUGCCCCCCCACCCUCUUUGUUCCUCCAGUUGCAAGCAGAAAUUCGAUUUUUUUUUUAAUGCAAUACAGGGGAAAAGGAUCAUUUCAGGAGGCGUUAGCUGUACGCAAAACAGCCCAGCGCUCUAUAUACCCUUGCUCCCAUCUUCUUGGUAUAACUAGCUAGCUAGCUUUCAGUUAUUCCAGCUCGUUUCCUUUCUGGGCAAUUAAGAAGUGCCUGUGACUGCUUUGGAAACCUGGCCAUCUCUCGUUUAGGUUGAUAAACCCAAGUUUACUUAGCAGGCAGGAGGGGUGUUUAAAGAUAGUCCCCCUUCCCCCCCCCCUCUCGCCUGGGAUUCUUAGAAAGGAAUCGCCUCUUAAACCCCAGCCUAGCCUGCCGCCCGGGCAUCUCUUAAGCUUUAAUAAAUCUCAGAAAAGUUUAUUUUUUUGGAAUUUGCAGAGUGGGUGGGUGGGUGGCGGGAGACUUCCACAGCGCAUCAGCUUUUUUGCAUCGCGAUUUAGGGCCCUCCCUCCCCCAUUCCCCCCUCCCCUCCCGGUCUCUCAGACGCGGGACCUGAAACACAAGCCUUACGUCACCACCUGCUUUAAUCGUUUAUAAUCUUUUUAUAUCUUGGAAGUGUGAAGAAGGUAGUGGGUGAGGAAGGGAAGGGAAGGGAAGGAAAGAGGUGGAGGCAUCUUACCAUAGAAACUGCAUGUGGCUGUUAACGUUCAUUUCGGCGUGUUGCAUACACGCUCGCUUGCACGCAUGUUCUUUCUCUCUCUCUCUCCCCUCGGAGUGUAUGGAAUUUUGCUUUUCUGUCCUCUGGAUUUGGGUCUUGCCUUAGAAAGUCCCGGAGGCUGCGAGGGAACCACCGGGAUUAUCGGGGCACCCCAAAAUUACGUUCUGCCGGGUUUUCUUUCUUCAUUCGUUGCUCCUUCUGGGAACUUUUCGUCGGAUGUUUUCAAGAUUCUGUUCAUGGCUUCUGCAACCCGUGGCGGUCGUGGGUGGCACCGUGCCUUGGCUGCUGUUGGCGAUUACGCAUGGAAACACUAAUACCCUUGAGGGGAAGGGCGAGAACGAAGCUCGAAGGCAGAGGCGCCCUAUGCGAUCCAGACUUUUCUGUGCCUUUAGAGGCUCAGUGAGAUGGGAAGGAGUGCGCCCCACAAUAGAUACCAACAGUGAUGCUUAGCACCCAGAAAGAAUGAUUCGGUGACCCUUCCUCUCUCCAGUCACCCAAGAAGCAAGUUUUGACGCUCAAAAACGCAGGUGAUGAAAUUCUUCCCGCGCCCUUUUUGUUGCUGUUGGCUGAAUACCUUCCUGGGUCAGAGCCUGGCUCAAGCGAGGCAGGAGAUCCACGGAGGUUAAGAUGGGGGCUUUAUUGUAGUUUCUUAAGAAGGAGGUUGCCCACCUGCGUUUGGAGUGGGGGGGGGGAAAGGGAGAAUCGAUGUUGAUGCGACCGGGCGCUGCAGGACGAGGCGAAGUUGUUUCUCCUGUAAUGGGUCUGGGGGAAAUUUGUCAAUAAAAUAAUUCCUUUUGGAAAAGCA